AUGGGCCCCUGUACCGCCUCCCCAUGCUGCUGCCAGGCCCGUAAUCUGCCAUGGGCCCCCCGUACCGACUCCUCAUGCUGCUGCCAGGCCCGUAAUCUGUCAUGGGCCCCUGUACCGCCCUCCUCAUGCUGCUGCCAGGUCCAGAGUGUGUCAUGGGUCCCUGUACGGCCUCCCAUUGCUGCUGUCUCUAUCGCCACACUCUGCCAUGUGCCACUUUCAGGUCUCCUCACACUGCUGGUGGUUUCCAUUUUUGUCAUAGGGUGCUGUAUGGCCUCCCAUUGCUGCUGCCUCCACCGCCACACUGUGGCUCCACACUCUGGUUUUGGCCCCGUGACUGCCCAAAUGAGUGAAGUGUGCGGUGAUUCUAAGAUCGACGGCACUCAUCUGCAUGUCAUACUGACUGACAGUAUUAUUUCUCUUCCCCAGCAGACUCCAAGGGCAUUUAAAUUAAAGGUACAGUGUUCUGCACUAAUAUAA